GUGAGGAACAACAUUUCGUUUUGGAGUUUCAACGUAGUCAGGAGUUAUUUACAUUUACAAUAACAUUUCCUCAAAGAAAUGGCCUCACAGAAUAUUGAUCCCGCUGCAAGAGUUACAAGAGUGAAAGAAGCAGAGGCGGAUGGUCCGUCGAAGAAAGAUUCGCAUUCUGUUAGCAAACGGUUACAGCAGGAAUUGAUGACACUUAUGAUGAAUGCUAGUAAAGGUAUCUCAGCGUUUCCAGAUGGUGACAACAUAUUUAGAUGGAUAGGAACAAUACAAGGAGCUGAAGGAACGGUAUAUGAAGGUCUGUCUUACAAGUUAUCAUUAGACUUUCCUAGUAAUUAUUCAUAUUCCCCUCCAGCUGUGAAGUUUGUAACUCCUUGCUAUCAUCCAAAUGUUGAUGAACAUGGUAAUAUUUGUCUUGAUAUUCUAAAAGAGAAAUGGUCAGCAUUGUACGAUGUUAGGACGAUUCUUCUCUCAAUACAAAGUUUACUAGCAGAACCUAACAAUGACAGUCCAUUAAAUGUGAAUGCUGCUGCACUGUGGGAAAAUCAACUAGCGUACAAAAAACAUCUUCAUGAAAAAUACAGUAAAGAUGUACAAAAGAAAAAAUAAUUUGUUUAAAUCUUAAUUGUCUUCCUACAUACUCUGUAUCUAUCGUCAUUCUUUCCUUUUACUUGUCUAAAAGAUGUUAAACAGUAGAUGUACAGUACUUUCAACAGAACUUUGAAAGAAAUGUUUUCUUGAAUAUAUUCAUACACUUACUUUUACAAGGUAUUUUACUAACAUUGUUCAAAUUAUCAGUAUGUACAACACUGUUGACAUACUGCAUGCUUUGCAUACUGAAAUGAACACGGAGCAUAUUGUAUGUCCAAUACAAGCUGCUUGAUAACAAACACAGAACAUGAGUUCUCAUUUGAUGUAAAUAAAUAUCUUGAGUCAGUCUCUCUGCUCAUAUGGUGAAAA